AUGUUAUCGCAUUCUACAAAAUUUUACUCUUCAUUUAUCAAGCGUUUAUUAUCUCAGCUAUCUUCAACACCAAAAUAUUAUUUCUCAUUGACUUUUUUCGUUGAACGACGUACACUUACGAUGACGUCAACGAUGAUGCCAUCCAUUAAAACUUAUUCAUCAUUGACAAAUAAUAAUAUGAAGUACAAAUUAGAGAAAAGUUCAAUUUACACAUAUGCUAAAGCAACAUUCAGUUUUUAUAGAGACGAGUUAGCAUCAAAAGAAAGAUUAUUAUUUGAAGCUGCAUAUUAUAAUAAAUUAAAGACAUUAGAACGUUUACUAGAGUUCAAAUCAAUAGACAUAAAUAUUCGUCAUCCAUUCGGAUGGACACCUUUACAUGUUGCUGUUGUUAAUCAUAAUCAAGAAUCAGUCAAAUAUUUAUUAUCAAAAGGUGCUAACCCAAAUUUAGCCGAUGAAUAUACAAAUGUAAAUGAUAUGGCUAAAAAAUAUUUCUUUGAACUCAUAGAUAACGGUAGACGAAUUUCUCGUGAUGACGAAUUUUCUGAUCGUUUACCAACAUCAACAAUAUCAACAUUUAAAGGUUUUACAUGUUUACAUUAUGCUGUUCUAUUAGAUAAUUUAUCAAUUAUACAAAUAUUAAUUGAAUAUAAUGCUGAUCCACUGCUGGCAAACGAAGAAGGACAUUUGCCGUCAGUAUAUGUAGGAUCAUCAUCCAACAAAUGUAAAGAUUUGAUAUUAGAAUAUGAAAAAAAGGCGCAAAAACUUUCUGUUGAACGUAUGAAGUCUGAUCGUCGUAAGUUUCCAUUAGAAGUGCGUAUAAAAGAAAAUAUAAUUGGACAAAACGAUGCUAUAUCGACAGUUUGUGGUGCGCUAAGACGGAAGGAAAGUGGAUGGACAAAUAAUGAAUCACCAUUGGUUUUCUUAUUUCUUGGUUCAUCCGGAGUUGGUAAAACGGAAUUAGCAAAACAAAUUGCACGUUAUAUAAAUACCAAUGAUGCUAAUAAUAAAGAGAAAAAUAAAAUAAAUGAACAACAACAGAAAAAAAAAGAUUCUUUUAUACGUAUUGAUAUGUCUGAAUAUCAGGAUAAACAUGAAGUAUCAAAAUUGAUUGGAUCACCACCUGGCUACGUCGGAUACGGAGAUGGUGGACAAUUAACUGAGUCAUUAGCAAAAUGUCCAACAGCUGUCGUUCUGUUUGAUGAAAUUGACAAAGCACAUCCAGAGAUUUUGACAAUUAUGUUACAAUUAUUUGAUGAAGGCCGUCUGACAGAUGGUCAAGGUAAAACAGUUGAUGGUAAACAAGCAAUCUAUGUCCUAACAUCAAAUUUAGCAUCGGAUGAAAUUGCAGAAUAUGCACAAAAAGUCAGAAAAGCAGAAGAAAUAAAGCAGCGUUCAACAGGAGUCACAGCAGAAUCAAGCAAUGCUGUCAACACAGACAGUGAUCAACAGCGUCUUAUUAUCUCAAAACAAUUUAAAGAUGAUAUUGUUAAACCAAUUUUAAAGAAACAUUUUCGACGUAAUGAAUUCUUAGGACGUAUUAAUGAAAUGGUUUAUUUUUUACCAUUUUCAAAAUCAGAAAUCAAUCAGUUAUUAAUAAAAGAAUUAGAAUAUUGGAAACAACGUGCAAACGAUCAACACAGUAUUGAUAUUAUUUGGGAUCUUAAAGCAUUAAAUUAUUUAGCUAAAGCAUAUGAUCUUAAUUAUGGUGCACGUUCAAUCAAACAUGAAAUUGAACGUAGUGUUGUUAAUCAGUUAGCAUCUGCAUUUGAACAAUCUUUAAUUGUAUCUGGUAAUCAAAUUCUGUUAACAACUUCAACACAUCAACAGUCGAAUAUCAAAUUACAAAAAGUAGAACUAAUACCAAUAGAACAUCGAACUGAUAGUUCGAGUGGAGCCCUAAAAUAUAUUGAUAUAAAACUAGAUGAUCAUUUGAAGAGAGAGAAAAUCGCAAUUGCAGUUAGUCAAUGA